GUAUUCGAUGACGAUAAGAAAUGUUGAUGUGAAAAAAAACAUGGAAAAAAAAAUUUGAAAAAUCAGAAAAAAAAUCAGAAAAAGAAUUGAAAAUGAGUGCCACAACAUCGAUUCGUAUGCCGCAACCAAAGCAACAACAAGGCCAACAACAAUCGGGAUUAUCAUCGAAUCAAUUUCAUCAACAACGUCCAUUUCAACAACAACAACAACAGAUCAACAAUAAUAAUAAUAAUCAGAUGCCAAUUUUAACAAGUUUAUUUAAUAAAAAUAUUGGUCAAUCAACAUCGAUAAUGAAAACAUCAUCUGGUCAAUCAUUAUUGGCUAAUUUGCCGUCAUCAAUUGCUAACGAUCAACCAUCACCACCAUUAGCAUCAUCGACAUCAUUUUUAAUGCAAAAAUUACAUUCAAAACGUAAUGAACAAAGAUCUUGGUCAGAUCUUUCACGUUCCGUUAAACAAUUUUUAAUGGAUAAACGUUCAAUUAGUAUGGAUGAACGACAACAACUACAAAAAUCAUUAGAUACAAUGCAAAAAAAUAUUGAAGUUCGUUCAAUCGCAACAAUGUUAGAACGUUUAGAAACAAUUUGUCGACAAUUAAAUUUAAAAUUUGCAGCUAAAAUGCAUGCAUCACAAUGUUUUAUUUAUUCAAGUAUUUAUUAUGUUGAAAUUAAAUUCAAUCAGGAAAAAGAAUCGGUUGAUGAUUGUCAAAUAUCACAUAAUGAUAAACCACCAAUGGUUUGUACAGAAUUAAUCGAUGUAUUGAAUAGACGUGAUUUUUUUGAAUUUACAAAACAUUUGGAAGGAUUAGCUGCUAUUUAUAAGAUAAAAGCUGAUCGACCCGUAACGGAAAAAGCAUAUCAAGCAUUAGAUUCAUUGGAAAAAGAUUUAGAACAAAUGGCUGAAAUACAAAAAAAUCAAAUAAAUGAUAUUAAUAAUUUAGUACAUCGUUCACCAAUCGGUGUAUUAGAAUCACGUAAAGGUGGUCAUCCAAUGAAAUUAACAUUUUUCGUUCAACCAUAUGAUUUAUUGGAUUUAGAACAAAAAAUAUCAUUACCAUUAACAGUUGAUAUUGUUAUUGAAAGAAAAAUUGGUUAUUCGGCACAAAUAUUAUUGGAAGAUUCCGUUGAAUUAAAACGUUUACAAUCAAAAUCCUUAAUAAUUGUUAAACAACGACCAGAUGGAAAAAAUUUAGCACAUUUUCUUGAACAUAAUGAACAAAAUAGUGAAUUAUUACCCGCUUGUUAUGUAUUACGAUUAACACGAACAUUACCAAUAAGUUUAGAUUUAUUGAAUAAGAUACAAAAAUUAACCGGUAUUAAUUUAUUGAUUAAUAAUGAUAAUAAUAAUUGCAAUAAUAAUGAACCACAAUCAAUGAUAACAUUGUUGACCAAUUUACAAUUGAAUCAAUCAUCAUCAUCAUCAGUGGCCAACAAUUCGAUGCUCAAAUCAUCAUCAUCAUCAUCAUCAUCAUCAUCAUUUUUAGCCAUUCUACCUGAUCAACGACAUUGUUAUUAUGUAAAUAAUAUUGGUGAAUGUCAUUAUGAUCAACAAUCAUCAUUGGAUUGUUCAUCAAAUAGUAAUGGUGGUGGUGGUAGUUUUGGUAUACUUUUAGAACGUUUACCAUUUACACAUCCAAGUCAUGUAUCAAGAAUAUUAGUCUAUCUUCGACAACAAGUUUUAUUUAAUGUUAUACUUGGUUCGAUUAUUCGUAAAUUAAGUUUGUUUAGAAAAAAUAAUAAUGAAUCAUCAUCAAGUGUUAAUAAUCAUCAUAUAUUUGAAGUAUCAUAUUUUGGUCUAACAAAUAUCUAUGUACAAUUUGAACAUCCAUUAGAACAAUCAUUAGCUACAAUGGAAAUUGAUUUAAAAGAUAUAACACAGGUUCGAUGUAAAUUAUAUGCAAAUUCAUCAUCGUCGUCAACAUCAUCAUUGAAUGGUGGUACUACUAAUACUAAUACUAAUACUAAUACUAAUAAUAGCAAUGUUACAUUGAAUUCAAUUUGUUCGGAUGAUUAUAUUAGUAAAAUUAUGCAAAAAUCAUUAUCAAUACCGGUUACAAUGCGUUCAAUAAUAAAUCGUUGUCAAGCUGCACAGAAAAAAUUUCAAGAAUUAUCGAAAGUAAAUGAAGAAAAACCACCACAA